CUCUGUUGAAGUCGACCUUCCUUCAGUACGUCUGGAGUAAAGACGCUGCGACCUCAGAGCAGCUCCAGACUCCUCACAGAUCUCUGGUUGAGUUUCCUCAGUGUCCUGAAGCCCACAGACCGACUCUGAUCUCCUCAUCUUCUGCAGCAUCUCGUUCCUCACAAACCAGAACUACCAGCUUCUCUGGAUCCUCAGGCUGUCAGACUGAGGUCAGCAGGUGUGUGUCCAACCCUGAUGCUGAGUCUCCAGUAGGAAUAGAACAUCAUGGCACACUGUAAUCUGCGGUCAGCGUCCUCCUCCACUCACAACGACGUGAACCUGGGACCCUCAGCCAACCCACAUGCCAAACCAACUGACUUUGACUUCUUGGCUGUCAUUGGCAAAGGGACGUUUGGAAAGGUCCUGCUCGCCAAACUCAAAGCUGACAACAAGUUCUACGCCGUCAAAGUGCUGCAGAAGAAGAUCAUCCUGAAGAGAAAAGAGCAAAAGAACAUCAUGGCGGAGAGAAACGUGCUGCUGAAGAGUCUCAAGCAUCCUUUCCUGGUUGGACUCCAUUACUCCUUUCAGACACCAGACAAGCUCUACUUCGUCCUGGACUACGUAAACGGAGGAGAGCUGUUUUUCCACCUGCAGAGGGAACGGUGCUUCUCAGAGCCCAGAGCGAGGUUCUACACCGCUGAAGUAGCGAGCGCCAUCGGCUACCUUCAUUCUCUCAACAUCGUUUACAGAGAUCUGAAGCCAGAGAAUAUUCUUUUAGACUCUCAGGGUCAUGUGGUGCUGACAGACUUCGGGUUGUGUAAAGAAGGUGUAGAACCAGAAGGAACCACCUCCACUUUCUGUGGAACUCCAGAGUAUUUAGCCCCAGAGGUUCUCCGUAAGGAACCGUACGACAGAACGGUGGACUGGUGGUGUCUGGGAGCCGUUCUGUACGAGAUGAUCUACAGUCUGCCUCCGUUCUACAGCCGAGACGUUGCAGAAAUGUACGAUGGGAUCCUCCACAAGUCGCUGCCGCUGCCUCCGGGGAAGUCUGAGGCCGUCUGCUCUCUGCUGGUCGGUCUUCUCCAAAAAGACCAGCACAGACGCCUCGGGGCCAUCGCUGACUUUUUAGAAAUAAAGAACCACACUUUUUUCUCUCUGAUCAACUGGGACGACCUUUAUCACAAGAGGAUCACUCCUCCUUACAACCCCAACGUGAAAGGUCCGGCUGACACUCAGCACAUCGACCCAGAGUUCACCAGAGAAAUGGUUCCCAGCUCGGUGAGUCGGACCCCAGAGUUCAACGCCGGUACCAGCUCCAACAACACCUUCAACGGCUUCUCCUUUGUCGCCACCGAGGACAGUUUUCUGUGAGACACAAAGAUUCAGAUCAUAGAAAUAGCUGUUAGCCUGAAGGGAUCAUAACUCUGCUUAGUUAGGAGCUGCUCUCAUCAGGAAUCCCACAUGGUCUCUGCAGGGAUUUUCCAAAUGUUAAUAGAAGAAGUUUAUGGAGACGUUACGGCUGAAAUAUGUAAAGGUUCUUGCCUGGAAGUCACAGGUUUGUUUUUAGAGAUUUAACAGGGAUCGACAUCUUUAAGAUGUAAUAAUCUUUAUUACUUUGUAGAACAAAUGUGGCUGGAUUGAAGUAAAACAUGUGUUUGACUUUGUUCUUUUAUGUACAGACUUUAUUAUAUUGUGUCUGUCUAAAGAGAAAGAAAAACACGACAUUGUCUUGGUAUCCAUCUAUACUUUGUAUUUUCUGUUUGACCGAUCCCAUUUUUAUAGAUCUGGAUCAACAUGAUUCUUAUAUUAACACAAAUAUCAUAAUGUGUGGGACAGCCAGUGAUUUGAACCAGGAAAUGACACCAGACUUAGGAUGUACUCUGUUAAAAGUUCCAGUGCUUUAACGCUGCAGUGUUUGCUUUAUAACAUCUGCACAUGUUUUUAUCACAUCUGUAUCACAUGUUAGAGACAGUCCACUGCUGACGAUGACUGGUGCUGAUGACCGCUGUUAUUUACACCGUUCUGCAGGGUCAGAUCUCAUCAGGACAGAUUCCUGUCAGCACCCACCUCCCAGACACUCCUUUGUAACUGCAGAUUUUAGACACAUCAAGUGACAUUUACUUUUGUCACCGAAGAAAACUGUAUCUUUUAUUACAAAUGGAUGGAAGCAACUUCCAGUGUGUUUUUCUUUGCUAAAAGCAAAAGAAAAUCCCAACUGAGGAGAAAAAUUCUAUAAAGGAAUAUAUAUUAACGGUAAUACUGAACUGUGAGUAACCUGGCUCGUGUAAGCAGCGGCUGAAGUCAUCAUAACUGUGGCUGGUUUGUUAAUGUGUCUGAAAUAAUUUGCUCAUAAUGCAGAAAAGCUCCAUGUAGCAGUUUUUUAAAGUGUGCUUAUUAAAGUUGUUUAUUAUGUGGAUUAUUGUUUUCUGUAUUGUGGCUGAGAAAAAGUUUUCUAGAUGUUUUUAGCCUGACCGCAUCUAUCAUGAUAGUCUUGAGUUUCCAGUGACUCAUGGAAUCAUUAAAACCCGUAUCAAUCUGCAGGUCCUAAAACCUUCAUUCUAUCCUGAUUUAACAGUUUGUUUUUACCACUUUAAUGUGUGUUUGGGAUCAUUGUCUUGUAGAAACACAGAUCCAACCGGCUGAUGAUUUUCCUGGAGAAUGUGGAGGUAAUCCUUGGUCUUCAUUAACUCAUUUAAUUUCUGUAGAGCUCCAGUUCCACAGAGCAUGAUACUGCCACCACCAUGCCUGACGGUAGGUUUGGUGUUCUUACGGUUGAAGGCUUUACCUUCUCUCCUCCAAACUGUCUGCUCAUAGUGGCCAAAUAGCUCAAUUUUUGUUUCAUCUGACCACAGAACUUUCCUCCAGAAGGUCUUUUCUUUGUCCAUGUGAUCAGCAGCAGACUUGGUUGAGCCUUAAGGUUCUGCUUCUAGAGGAAGAACUUCCUGCUUCAUGGAUCCUCUCAGCUCAUGUUGAUGUAAAACCCUGUGGAUCCAGCAGCUUAUCACUCAUUCAGACCUGCUUUUUGAUGAUUCUUCACCAUUCUGACCUAAUUUCUCUCAACAGCAGGUGACAGUUUGUGUUUUUUUCCUUUUCAUGGCAGUAAGACAGCUACACCAUGUACUGUAUACGAUUGCUUGCACAGAUGAUUUUGGGAUCUGUAGCUGCAUUGAAAAGGUUCCUGGAGAGGCUCCUGACUUGCUUUGCUGAGCUCCUCAGACUUCCCCACUGUAGUGUUUGAGUCUAAUGAGGGGAUUCAUAAUGGCUCGGAGGAGUCACCAGCUGUAGUCGAUCAUAAUGACUCUUGAGAAGAUAAGAGGAUAUAAACCUUAAUAACACAGUUUUCUACAUCACCAAAAGUGAUGUUUAAAGAAGCUGCAAGUAUAUUUUUGACCCAACAGAUUUUGCCAUAUUUCCAGAAGAAGCGUAGAACCUAUGAAAAGAACCAUGAUGCAUUUUGUUCUUUGUGACAACGACACGUGUUUCAAUGAUUCCAUCAUAUGAAAUUCAGCAUUGUAGGAAUCACUGCAAACUCAAGACUGACGUGAUCCAUAAGGUCUUUGCAAGAGUAUGGAAGCUUUUGUUCAUUACUGUAGCUAGUGUUUUUGUUCACUGGUUUAAUGAGUUCAUGUCAUUAUGAAAAUACUGUAUUUAAUGUCUGUAAAUAUGCAGUAGGAUUAUAUCAGUGGUAUCUGCCUCUCUGCCAGGAAAUGAAGUAUGGGUAAUGCAGUUUAAAGAUGUUCAUCAGAUGUCUCCUUGCGUUCCAUUUUUAAUCAUCUCAUUUAUAUAAUCUUUUGUUUGUACACCUGGUAUUAAAUAAACUGUAAUGUAUUCUCAUUUCUGAACAUAGCAUCCUGCCAUUUACCACCUUACAAACGGGGGCAUUUUUGUUCCACAUACAG